AUGCAGUUCUUUCCACAACAACAACAAUGCAGUGGUUUCUAUCCGCAAUCUCAACAAUGUACACCAUAUUCAUGUUGUAAUAGUUCUUUUCCAAAUUUUUCUCAACAACAAUAUCCAGCAUAUAAUUCAUUAUGUUGUUCACCAUACUAUUGUUCACCACAGCAAGCAUCACAAUAUCCGUAUUACGCUCAACAAUGUGCAGUAGGGCCACAAAAUGCUUAUGGUUAUAAACAUCUUUGGCCACAACAACAACGAGAUUUUAAAGAUGCAGCAGCAACUUUAAAAAAGAGAACAUCGUAA